AUGGGGCAGCGCUAUGGGGGCCAUGGGGACAACUGCCCCCUAGCGGCCAACCUGGUCACUGCGUGCCUGCAGCGCAUCCUGCUGCACCGGGACCCGCAGGGGGCGGUGCUGCACGCACAGGAAGUGAUCUCGGACCUGCUCUGUGACCGCCUGGACCUCUCCCAGCUCGUCAUCACCAAGGAGCUCACCAGGGCCGCCACCGAGUACGCGGCGCCGCAGGCACACGUGAGCCUGGCACAGAGGAUGCGGCAGCGGGACCCCGGCAGCGCCCCGGCCCUGGGGGACCGCGUCCCCUACGUCAUCGUCAGUGGGGCCAAGGGGGAGGCCGCCUACACCCGCUCGGAGGACCCCAUCUACGCCCUGGAGCACAACCUGCCCAUUGACAGCCUCUAUUACCUCCAGCAUCAGCUCGCCAAGCCCCUGCUCCGCAUCUUCGAGCCCAUCCUGGGCGAGGGCCGCGCCGAGAGCGUCCUGCUCAGGGGGGAGCACACCCGCUGCAAGACCCUGCUGACGGCACAGGUCGGGGGGGGGCUCAUGGCCUUCGCCAAGCGCCGCAGCACGUGUGUGGGGUGCCGGGCCGUGCUACAGCACCACGGAGCCGUCUGUGAUUUCUGCAGCCAGCGCCAGGCUGAGCUCUACCAGAAGGAGGUGGGGGCCCUGGCGGCCCUGGAGCAGCGCUUCUCCCGCCUCUGGAGCCAGUGCCAGCGGUGCCAGAGCGCCCUGCACCAGGACGUGCUCUGCACCAGCCGGGACUGCCCCAUAUUCUACAUGCGGCGCAAGGUGCAGAAGGACCUGGAUGCUCAGCAGGCGCUGGUGGCUCGUUUUGGGGUCCCCUCCUGGUGACCCCCCCUCCAUUG